CAAUCUAUGGCAUCAAUUGAUUAGUUUAUGUUAAAUAUAAUAAAUAUUUAAUCAAUCAUUUUAUGAUUUUUCUCGUUGUUAUCGAUCACUAAAAUAGUGAUUUCACAUAACCUUCAAAUGGCACACAAACUUAGUUUCUUUAAAUAUUUUACUUAACUUUUUUUAAAUAGAUUUUUCUGAUUUUUUUUUUAAAGAAAAUUUAAGUUUUGAAACCCAAUUGUUUUGCGAGAUGUUGGCCAACGACGAGUCAAAUGCCACUUAUCUUGGCUUUGAUUUAAGCACUCAACAGCUGAAGGCUAUAGCAAUAAAUGGCAGUUUGCAAGUGAUCCACGAGUCUUGUGUCCACUUUGACACCGAUUUACCCGAAUUCAGAACUCACGGCGGAGUCAACCAAAAUGCAGACCAACAGACAGUGACCGCACCGACUGUUAUGUGGAUUAAGGCGUUUGAUUUGAUAUUAGAGAGACUUAAGAUCAAUGGCAUUGAUUACAAUAUGAUUGUAGCCAUAUCUGGAUCGGCUCAACAACACGGAAGUGUCUACUGGAAGAAGGGAGCCAUCAAUACUUUGAAAAAUCUAAAGGCAGAUAACUUUUUACACAACCAAUUGUCUCAAUGCUUCUCAUGUCGUGAUUCACCCGUUUGGAUGGACUCAAGUACUACCAAACAGUGCAGAGAAUUGGAACAAUGGGUUGGCGGCGCACAGCAAUUGGCCGAUAUUACCGGUUCCCGAGCUUAUGAACGUUUUACUGGUAGUCAAAUCGCACGGAUAUAUCAAACCAAACCGGAAAUGUACGGACAAACGGAGCGAAUAUGUCUUGUAAGCAAUUUUUGUGCCUCACUUUUUGCUGGAGACUACGCACCCAUUGAUUAUAGUGAUGGUUCGGGUAUGAACUUAUUGGACAUCACGACACAUGACUGGUCGCAACAAUGUCUUGAUUAUUGUGCACCAGAUCUUCGAACAAAAUUAGGAGAAACGCUAAUUCCGACGCCCAGUGUUAUCGGAAAUAUAUCUCAAUAUUUUGUGGACAGAUAUGGGUUUAAUGUUGACUGUAAAAUAGUUUCAUUCACCGGUGAUAAUCCCGCGUCACUAAUAGGAAUGGGUUUACGUAAAGAUGAUGUCGCUGUCAGUCUUGGAACCAGUGAUACUGUAUUUUUGAGGCUCACAAACCCGAUACCAGCUCUCGAUGGUCAUGUUCUGUGCAAUCCAUUGGAUGAUAAUUCAUAUAUGGCACUGAUAUGCUUCAAGAAUGGUUCGCGAACUCGGGAAAGGAUUAGAAAUGACUGUUCUGAAGGAGAUUGGAGUCUAUUUAAUGAAUUACUUGAAUCCACUCCCAGAGGAAACUUUGGAAAUAUUGGAUUUUAUUUUGAUUUUAAGGAAAUAUAUCCCGUAAUUUCCGGUGACUUUCGUUAUAAUAAAUUUGAUUCUGAAGUUCAGAGAUUCUCCAAAGAGGUUGAAGUGAGAGCUUGUAUUGAAGGACAAUUCAUUCGGCUUCGAGUUCACGCCGAAAAUCUUGGAUACAAUAUUGGUCCCAAUACUCGUGUAUUGGCCACAGGAGGCGCAUCAGCGAAUCCAGCUAUGAUUCAGGCGUUGUCUGAUGUGUUCAACGCACCGGUCGUCCUGAAAGAACAGCCCAACUCUGCAGCUUUAGGCGCAGCAUAUCUCGCAAAAUACUCACUCAUUAAAAAUGAAAUGACAUUUGAAGAAAUGAUUGAAGAAACCAUUUCAGGUUUAGUGGCAGCUAAUCCAUCACUGGAUGCCUACAAUGUUUACACACCAUUAGCUCAAAGAUAUCGUAAACAAGAAAACGAAAUCGCAAAGAAAGCCAACCAUACAUUAAAUGUUUAACAAAUCAUUAUAUUUUGACAAUUUUUGAGAUUACUUUUGAUAC